CACGACUCGUACUUGUACAGCAGCACAUUAAUCUGAAAAUUUAAUUUUAAACUUGAAUAGUUUGGUUACUUUGAAUUCGGACAGAAUUUAAAAAAAGUUGUGUGUAAAAAGAAAGGUGCAAGUUUACUGCGAACGUUAGUAAAUUUGACUAAUGAUAUAAGAAAUCUAUUAUUAUUAUUGCGUUGUUGGAUUAUUUUAACAGUGAAUAGAACAUAUUUCCUUAAUUAAUUAGUAAAUAAAUUAAAACUACGUAGAAGAUAAAGGUUAAGAAUAAAACGCACUUUAAGGAAGUACAGUUUUUGGUCGUGGAUGGGAAUAUCUUGAAACGACCACUUAUGUGAUCAUUUUGGAAAUCCGUCAGUAUGGAAUUUGUCAAUACGAAUUUUAAAAAGGCCAAGUCGGGGAAGAAUCGUGGAGGAAAGUACGAGAAUGGAGAAAGCAAUGGCAAUGGCAGGUCACACCCACAAAAUCAACAGUUUGAACAAAAAGCAAGUGUUCUCACUGGAGGAGGAUACGGUCAGAUCUCGAAUACAAAUAAUGGACUUUUAAAAGCCCUGCAGCAAACGCCGUCAAAGGUUGCGCCUCAACCACUAAUGAAUUCGGGGUCCGCUUUGGGAAAUUUAUUUUGUCAAAAUGUGGGGAUUAAGAAGAACCAAGGGAAAAAGAUGAACAAUGGGGGUGGUGACAGUGCUGGUGGGCAGAUUCACAAUGCAGUCAACAAGAUUAAUACAAAUCAUGUGCAAGAGUCUCACGAAGAUAUGACGAAACGACUAAAUAAUGAAACGCUGAUAAGAGUAGAUUCCUCCUUUAAGGGAUUAUUUGGUACCGCAAGUCAAGUAGCUGUUUACGAUUACGAUGGUGUAACGAAAGACUGGGUUGAUACAAAAAUGUGUGGCCCUUUCUUCUUGUACGAUCGGGCUGACGUACCGGAAUAUGGCCUCGUAGUGCUGAAUAGGAAAGGAAUGCGGAAUUUGAUAAUGUUUUUCGAUAAACAGAGUCAAAUUAUUCCACAUGAACCAUAUUUGCUGUUUCGUAGAGGUCCUGACGAAGUGAUAAAGUGCAUAUGGUUUUAUAAGGACUCAGAAUUCCACGAAGCAUUAAUUUUAUUUCGGAAAAUGGGUGUCCAGUUCGAUCAAUGCGACGAUAAAAAUGCAGCAAAUACAAAUUCCAAUUCAUCUGCUCAUAUUGCUACGACAAAUAAUUCGUCCACAUCAUUAACAAUGGGUGGUGCUCCUGCGCCCAACUUGUUUGAUAUGCUAAAGCAAAGCCAAGCAAAGAUUGACGGAUCACUGCCGAAACUUGGAACCAAAGCCAAAGUAUUUACUGCCGAAGAAUUAGAGCAAAAAAUGCUCCAAGAUAAUAGUGCAACCGAUCGGCUUGGUGGACCCAGGUCGGGGGGAGCGCUGAAUAAUAUUGGAUUGGGUGGACUAGGGACGCAAGGAGGAGGUGGUGCUUCAUUGCUUCAACAGCUAACAACUUCUGCUCCUGUAGCUGUUUCAGAGACACUCCCUGCCGGGAAAAGAGGUCCUAAAAAGAUAUCUGGAGAUAGUGACGAUUCACUCCCUGCACAGUUGAAGGAUGCUAGUCGUUCUAUGCGUACAGUAGAACAAUUAGAAAAGGCCUUGAUGCCUGAGGACUCAACCAAAUGCGAGAUGAGUAAUGAGCUAUUGGCUACAUUAGGGAUAAAACCAUUAAAAAGUUUACUCGAAAGCAGCUCAGAAACUCCCCAGUCUCCAUUUAUGACUCCAACCAGCAGGUCUAUCAGCGAGAGUGAACGAUCUCAGAAAAAGUUGACAAUUGACGACUUGGAUGGAAAGUUAUACGAGGAGACUGACGAAGAUAUGGUUCGAGAGGUGGUCGAAAAUUUAGCUGAUCUUACAGAACUUUUGCUAUUAAGCGAAAACGUCCCUGGUCACUCUGAACCCCAGCUCGUGUGGAGAAAACGUUCUAAUUUACAAAAUAGACCCCCCUCUGCACUUGUACAAGUACCUCGAGCGAACGGUGUCGGCAGCAAUACUCCGAAUAUGCAUCAGAAGCAUUCUGUUAUGAAUAAUGCAUCCACGUCCAGCCCUGCUAUAAGCCCGUUAACCGAAAAUCAACUAUUGCAAGCAAUCACGUACCUUCUUCAGACCGAUCCUUCAUUCAUUGGGAAAAUUCACGACGCCUAUGUGAAAAGCUUACAACAAACCUGGGCAUCUCGACUCGGAUAGAGAGCCCAAACCAUCAUAGUCUUUAACCAAAAUAUCAGCAGACUAUAAAAUGGAACAAACAACUAUUAUAUUUAUCAAAUAUUGCAUGUAUGCACGUGAAGCGCCGUCGAACGAAUUAUUUUACUAGUGUCGUGGUGUUUUAUCUUUAAAUGAUACGGGCUAAUUAGUAAUUGGACUAUUUUAAAUGCGAAUGAAUUAUUAUUAGAGUAAGUAAGUUCGACCUGAUGCUUUAUCAUUUAUGGGAACAUGACUGAAACGUUUUAAAGAAAGUUUUAAAUAAUCGGAUUCUUAAUCUCUUUCUCUUCGGGAUAUGUAAAAUUGAUAAUAUAUGGUAUUUAAAAUAGUGUGACGUGUUUUAUGUUUAUUAUUUAAGGUAGUAAGCAAAGGUGGACGAAGACUUAUUGCCUAUUUAUUGUGAUUAAAAGAUAUUCCAGUACUUACCUUUAGACAAAUUAUUAUCGAUAGACGGUAGUGGAUUUCCUACCGUAACCGAUUCACCGGAGUAGUAAUGAUGUUACGUUGAAGAUAAAGGUUUUGAAAAAAUAGUCAAUUUAUUUUAACAGUAAUUUAUCUUGUGGAAUGCAAUGACAUUAUUAUUAUGUAUGUACAUCAAUUAAAUUAAUACUAUUGUAGUUGGCUUCAUAAGCUUUCCUAAAUUAUGUUAAUUUUGAACAAAUCCAGACGAAUUACUGAAAACAUAUUGUCAAAAUGGUUCUUUUUAUAAUGUAUUUAGUACGUCACACACGGAUUGUGAUUAUUGACGGAUAUCACGAUAACUAUAUUAUAUAAUGCAAACUAAUAAUUGUACAAUCAAAAUAUUAUUCUAGAAAGUAGUGCAUUAAUUAGUCCGUAGUUUUAUGCACGUGUGUAUUUGUAUAUCAGGUCUUUUAAAAUUAUAUUUCCCGAAAUUAUACCCUGCAAUGAUCAUUGUGAUCGGCGUAUAUUCUAAUCAGGCGUGUGUAAUUAGUGAAAAACUAUAUGUAUUUGGUGUAUACUGUUAUAUCCUGUGAAAGGCAUACCAUCUCAAAAUUAUGAGAUUAGUUACGCAAUUAAUUAUUCUUCAAGAUGAUGUGUGAAUUAUGACUUAUUCAUCCUAUUCUGAAACAUGGUUGAUCUCAGUUAGUUCAAAGAACGUAUAUAAUCAAAUUUUAUAUUUGUUGAGGAAGGAGUGGACGUUUACCUACCUACCAAUUCAACCAACUAACUGCGGAUCUUUUUUGUUUACGUAACCUAACAAAAAACUCUGACGAGAUUUAUUCCCAAGACACUUUCUACGUAUGUAAAAACAAUUGGCUCCUAAUACAAUCGGAAAUUUAAUUGGCAAAUAAUUGGACGAAUCUAUCAAAAUUAAAUCAAAAUUCAAAAUUCA